GAGCAAUAUGCUUCAGGUUUGUAUUAACAACUGUCUCAGUAGCUGCUGAAGAAAGCUGGAUUUGUCACUAAAGCCUUUUUCUGAGCAAUGCAACCGCUAUCAGAUCUGGUACACGAUUCGGAAAUCCCUGGGACAACAUUCUACGGCACGAACCACGGCGUUACGCAGCACAGGAGCAGUUUUCAGAGGCAGGUAUGGCGAAGGGUGGAAUGCUUGGGAGGAGGGGGUUAUGGAGUGGUGUGGAAAGAGAUAUUGUUGUCAGGAAGAGGUGAAAGGCGUGAGCGAGCAGUCAAGGUGAUCAAGAAAAAAGCUCACGCCUUAGCCCCCAUUGACUAUGGAAGAGAGCUCGACGCGAUUGCAAAGUUCUCUCAGCAGAAGUACCGCCCAUGUUUCGUGCAGUCAUAUGGAUGGUUCCAAAGUGACACGGCGAUCCACAUUGCAAUGGAAUUUAUCGAACACGGCGAUUUGGAAGCUCACUAUCCUGCCUGAGCCCGACGUUCAGCUUAUUGCGUUGCAACUACUGGAAGGGCUCCAAUACAUGCACGAAAACGGUUACAUCCAUCGCGACCUAAAACCCGAUAACAUUUUCGUCAAAGAGCCGGGGCCGAACUGGUGGGUCAAAAUUGGAGACUUUGGCAUCUCCAAGCGUGCGGUGGAGGGAACAACGGCUCCUCACACAUUCGUGGGCACGCCUGGGUUUCAAGCACCCGAAAUCUUGGCUCGUAAGCGUUUGGUUGACUCCGAUAAAUUUGGCAAUACAGGAGAGUACACAUUCGCAGUCGACAUUUGGUCUUUGGGAGAAGUACUCUAUCGCAUACGUGCUGGCGUUCCGGUAUUUUCGUCACUGGCUAAGAUCGCUGCCUACAUAAGGGAUGAAGAGCACUUUCCUUCAAGCGAGCUACGCGCUCACGAGACUAGCGAAGAAGGGUGCGCCUUCAUAGGGUGGAUGAUGAGAACCAAACCUGAAGAGCGGCCAACUGCCUCCGAAGCGCGUCGAGAUCCUUGGCUAAAAGCACUGGAAGAUGCCUCGCCAACGUCGCCGAGAGAGCGAGUUCAGAAUGAUUCUAUGUUUCCGAUGUCAGCCUUUGAGCCUAGAGAUACUCAACAUGCAGUCGUCUCUACAGGGGCAUCUGCAAAAUGGAGUACAUUGGAUCGGGCUCAGCUGGAAGAGAAGGAGGAAAGGUCUCAUGGGUUCCCAAGAUCGCAAACUCCUGAUCCGUCUCCACUCCCAUGGGAAUUGCAGGGCAUCGGAGCGUCGGGGAAGGGCUUGAUCGAUCCGAGUGCGACGCUUGGCAUUCAUCCACCUCAAAAUGCGAGAUCCGCUCAACAUCUGACAGAUAGGGCUCCUGCACAUGGUAUUAUAUAUGAUGAGCCCCUUCCGGCUGUAAGAAUAUCUACUCAACCCGAUAUGAUCUCGAUUCGGGCGCCCUCACCCGGUAUCGCCUGCAAAAAGACAGAAGCCCCAUCGGGUGAUACCAAUGGCAACAUCGGGGAGAGUGCUGUAAGGAAUAUUGAUGGAGCCGGAAAGGACGCGUCUGAUCAUGGUUGGAAUGUCUCAGGUCAGCGUGGCAACAGAGAGACGCCUCGUCUAUACGAAGGACCCGUCGUUACGCGCGGUGCAGUAGAACCAUCAUCUGUCUUCCCUCUACAAGAGGUCUCUCUUCCACAAUCGCCUCAACAUGCCGAGUUCCGGGGGAAGUUAGCCGAUUCCUUAGAGACGGCGCAAACCAAGCUUGCGGAACUCCGAAGGCGGCUCUUCGACGGGGGCAAUUCCUUCGAUUCGCAGGCUCAACCUCGAACCGUAGAGUUCACAAACCAGGAUAAACAGGGACUCCAGGAUGAACUCAGUAAAAUGAAGAAAUGGGAGCGAGAGAUCGGAGUGACAGGUCGACCCGUUGGUAAGGAGACAAAGAGAGGGAGCUCGAACAAACUUCUCAGGCGAAAAGGCCCGCGGAGGUCUAGGAAUAGACGGAGAGAACACUCUGCAACCCGAGAAAGAAGCCGAGCCGUCUCUCAAGACGACUCAGACUCCAGCUCACUGUAUUCUUUAGAAUCUUGGCCGGAUAGUGAUUCGGAUUCUGUUACGUAUUUCGAUAGAAGUGCGUACUACCCAAAGGUCGCAUUGCCGAUUCGGCCCAAUAGUACGGGACCUGGAUUACAAGCCAAGGAAUCCUCGCGCGAUCUGGGGAUCGAUGCCAACAGGAUGUCAGCCCCAGAACUGCGCAGGAUCCUGUUCCAACACGGCGUAAUGUUUAAUCGUUCAGCAGACAAGCCAGUUCUGCUUGGCCUCUUCAACGAUUUCGUCGUUCCCCAACUACAGGGAGCACAAGCGCAGACGCAACGGUCGAUGCGAGGCACCGAGGAUGUCCCGAUUCAGGACCAGACAUUCACGCCUGCAUGGGCAUGAAAACUGACGUAGGACAGGGUCAGUUACAGGUACCAACACGCAGGCCUGGCUUGACGCACAAUACCAACCGGAAUCUGUCCAG